CUAUCCUGACAUUGUAUUAAUUUCUGUUCCAGACUGAAGAUACACCACCAACAACAACCACCCAGAAACAAUGACAGGCCAGCUAUCGGUCUUUGUCAGUCACGUGACAGACACGCCCCCUAGCGCCAUUUUUGUGGUGAGCGGAAGAAAAACAAAACAACAGAAAACGAGAGGAGAGCGCUGCAUUAUCACUGAAAUGGAAAAGAACAAGAAAACUGAAUGGAUACCCUACCCAGACAAACUUACAAAAGCUGCUAGGGAACGAAAUUAUGCCAAGUUAGCCUCCGUAAACAACAUUGAUCCAUACCAAGUGAGAGCUAAUAGUUGGCAGUCUGACGCAGAACUCCUACCUCCAACUACCUCUCUGGAUAUUACCAACUACCUUGUGUAUGGGAUAAGCGCUUACACUUUUUCAGAAUUUCGGAACUACAAAUCCCUUGAAGCCCAUGGGCACUUUUCCAAUGGCUGGGUGCAGGAUCUCUUGUCAUUUCAACCAGAUGAAUGUACAAACAUGAUUGUCACAACCAAGGUCCUUCAUUCCCAACGUCUUAAUGAUACCCCACUGAAACCCUGGGCCAUCAUUGAACCAACAGGGACCAUACUAUCAGGUCACUGUACAUGUAUGGCUGGAAUCGCAGAGACAUGCACACAUGUUGCAGCUAUGCUGUUCAAGCUGGAGGCUGUCAUCAGAUGCAGAGAGACAGUUACAGUGACUGGCCAACCUGCUUACUGGAUGAUACCCAGCAACAUUUCUAAGGUGGGAGCAGAAGCAGGGCACAGAAUAGACUUCACUCCGAACUCCAAACGAAAGUCCUUGAAUAAAAUCCUGGAUGGUGAAGGAACAAGCAUGCCAAGACCAAGGGCAUCCUCAAGCACCUGCCCACAUGGCAUUGCCACAGAGGAUCAGUGGACCUCCGACCUGGCUGGAAUACACAACAUAUCGCCAAAAGCUGCAGUUCUUUCCAUUCUUUGCACCAAAGUCACUCUGCCAACUACGGGAUGA